UUUUAAAAUCUGUUUAGGACAUUUUAGUUAUUUUUCAGCUACAUCCUAGCUGUUUAGACCACCAGAAUGGCUCACUGGCUCAGUGCUGGGAUGAUGGCGGUCUGCUGCUCUAUCCACAAACGCAGUGGCGAGCUCUCCCCAGCAGGCCCCAUAGGUGGAUAAUCAGGGCAUUAGUGAGCACCUUCUGUGCUCUGCAGAGUCUUCAGCUGACGCCACGAAUGCAGACUCCUCCCCCAUCGGGAGAAAUGAGCUGAGGAGCUCCCAGAAGAAAGUCUGAACUUCUUUUGUGUCUUUCCUCCAUAGCAACCACGUCCACCGCAGCCCGUCCGCAUCGUCCCCUCCCAGUCAGUGCAGCCGACCUCGCUGCCCAAGCCCGUGCCUUCUGUGCAGCAUGCGCCCACCCGUCCACCGCACACCCCCCACGCCGCCAGCCUCCCCAGCUGUCCGGGACGAGGCAAAAUGGCCAAGUUUCUCACCCCAGAGGAGAUGACUUCACAGGAUUACUACUUUGACUCUUACGCCCACUUUGGGAUCCACGAGGAGAUGCUGAAGGAUGAGGUGAGGACGCUGACCUACAGGAACUCCAUGUACCACAACAAGCACGUCUUCAAGGACAAAAUCGUGCUGGAUGUGGGAAGCGGGACGGGGAUCCUGUCCAUGUUUGCAGCCAAAGCCGGGGCCAAGCACGUCUACGGGAUCGAAUGCUCCAGCAUCUCAGAAUACUCGGAGAAGAUCAUCAAGUCCAACCAUCUCGACAGCGUCAUCACCAUUUUCAAAGGGAAGGUGGAGGAGGUGGAGCUUCCGGUGGAAAAAGUGGACAUCAUCAUCUCUGAGUGGAUGGGCUACUGUCUCUUCUACGAGUCCAUGCUCAACACCGUCAUCUUUGCCAGAGACAAGUGGCUGCAGAAGCCGGGAGGAUUGAUGUUUCCUGACCGGGCCUCGCUGUACGUGUUAGCCAUCGAGGACCGGCAGUACAAGGACUUCAAAAUACACUGGUGGGAGAACGUCUACGGCUUUGACAUGACCUGCAUCCGUAACGUGGCCAUGAAGGAGCCUCUGGUGGACGUGGUGGACCCCAAGCAGGUUGUGACCAACUCCUGCCUGGUUAAGGAGGUGGACAUCUACACCGUGAAGCCCGAGGACCUCAGCUUCACCUCCACGUUCUGCCUGCAGAUCCAGAGGAACGACUACGUCCACGCUCUGGUCACCUACUUCAACGUGGAGUUCACCAAGUGUCACAAGAAGACGGGCUUCUCCACAGCUCCGGACGCCGCGUACACCCACUGGAAGCAGACGGUUUUUUACCUGGAGGACUACUUAACAGUGCGGAGAGGAGAAGAGAUCAGUGGCAGCAUCUCUAUGAAGCCCAAUGAGAAGAACAUUCGUGACCUGGACUUCACUUUCGAGCUGGAUUUCAAAGGGCAGCUCUGCGAAGCAGCCAUAGCCCACGACUACAAGAUGCGUUAGGUUUGAGCGGGGGGCCCAGCUGGGGGGGCGGACACUGAUCACUGACGUGCAGAGUGACGAAUCGGAUGAAGGCGGGCCCAUCAGCGCUGACCCUCAGAGGUCGCCGUCGUGUUGACUGUUCCACAGCUCUGAAUGUAACUGACAGCUCCCGUCAGGAAUGUGGAUGAUCGUCCUGUUCAUGUGAGGUGACGUUCCCGGGCUUUCCUCUUUAGCAGAAUCACUCGGACUUUUGGGAAUGACUGACGGAGCUCAUCUUUCUCCAUGAAGACCAGAAAAUCUAAAAUGUUUUGUGGUGAUUAAAGAAUUGAUUGUUGUAGAACUCUCAAAAUGGUGGAACAGUUUAACUGAAACCACAGCCAAGGAUCAUGUUCAUGGUUUUGUCAGCGUUUUAUUUUAGGUCGUAGCAUCGACUGUAUGUGAGAACUGGAGCGAGUGAGUGUGAUGGCGUCCAUAGAUCCAUAUAGGUAAAAAUGGCUUUUUUUCCAAAAGAAUCCGGCUACAGAGAAAAAACAUGGCGCCCAAAAAUCAAUAGCCGGAAGUCCCUCCCCCUGCUGGAGCCGGCCGCAUCAAAAAUAUUGUUUUAAUCUUUCGACCUUUUUUUCUCUCUUUCCUUUUUGCGGCAUUUCGCGGCUCCGAUCAGCUGAUUUACGGAGAAAAAAAACUGUUGCAGUUUAUUCACAUUUAAAGGCGUAAAAGCUGAGAGUUCUGAAAAGGUUUUAAAAUAUCAUUCUGAAAGUGUUUUCUAAAGUUUCGGGAAUUUCCGCUUACGCAUCCGGAGAAAGUUACGAUUUCCUCUUACGGGUACAGAUUAAUUCUGACGCCGUCUUGCGUGCGACCGGAGGCCCCUCCUUUUUACCAGUCAAGGUUUUCUCCGUGGAAGUAUCUUUUUUGGGGCAGACUUUUGUAAAUAAUCUUCUGGGCCACCUUGAUUUUUGCUUAAAAUCCAAUAUGGCUGCCUUCAACAUUUCAAUGUACAGCAAACUUCUUUCUGGUUCACUUUACACCCAUAAAUGUAUUACAAACAGAUACAAAUAUGAUAUUAAUCUGUCAAAUAAACCCAUCAAAAGGAAUCUGGGACAUAGUUUCAAUGUCGAAACGACAUAUCAGCGCGAUGACCCCCUGAAAUAAAUGAACUGCCGCCAUGUUGGAGCCAGACGUCAUCAGUAAGCAGUGAUUGGUUUCUAUAGUAACCACUCUGGCCAAUCAGGAGUCAGCUUGUCAGAAGGCCUCGCCCCUAAACACUUGAAAACAGGCGACACAAGAUCUGUCAAACGUUUUGAAUGUAGGGCCAUUAGGCUCCACCUACUUUUAUUGAGACAUCUGAUUGGUCAGUUUAUAACUUGAACUACAGAAAAAAUAUGAAAAAAAUUGGAUUAUCAAGAAGUUGUUCUGACCAAUAGAAUGACUAACAGCUGUUUAGUUCUAUAUAGAAAACUAUGGGAUUUUGGCUUCUUGGAGCCACUUCCUGUUUGGAACACCAGGGGGAGGAGUCACUCAGUCCAGUUCUCAUGUACAGUCAAUGGGUAGAAGGUGUUGCUGUGUGCUCAGUUUGAGCAGUGAUGUCGUUUGCAUCCUAAAUGCCUUGAACGAGUUCCUAAGUGUUCCUCACUCUUUAUUUAUUAGAAAAUCAUUUCUAAAACUGCAAAAACUGAAUCUUUGGAGAGUAAAAAGACUUUUGUUUUAAAUAUUUUCUGAAAUUUGAUCUGAUUAAGAAAGUUUUUCAAAAGCAAAAUCAUAAAAAACAUCUUAGGGACUAGAAUCUUGUUUUUCUCAGAAUAAAAAUCUUGAUAAAUUCUUUUUCCUUAAAGAAACUUUCUUUUUUUUUAAAUGUGGGGUCUUUUUUAAGAGUUCAUUAUUUAAUAGGAUUCUUAAAGUUAUUUAGUCUGCUUUUGUUGAAAUCUACAUAAAGCAGAACUUCUAACGUAAUCUCCCAAACAGGAGUUUUCUUGCUGUUGAUGUUCUGCAGACUGGAUCCCUAAAUUCUACUAAUUAUAAGAAAAGAGUUCCCUCCAUGUCACCUGUGGUCUUAACAUCAAUGCCAAGGAACCACCUGCACAAUUUGUCAAAUACAAGAACAGAAGAUUUCCUGUAGAAGUUUAUCAGAGCAAUAUAAAUAUUUAUUCAUGAGCCACACCAACCAACAUAUUUAAGUAAUAAAAGUACAAAAUAAAAUCCAUUAAGAAUUGAGGUAAUUAAAAGAUAAGUUUAAAUAUUCUGCUUAAAUCUAAAAUAACGUUUAGGAAAAAAAA